AUGUUUGGCCAUAGAGCCAACUGGGCGCCUCGCCUAGCCUUCCAGUACUACAAAGAGUCUGUCAGCGAUCAACCUUCAUUCCUAAAGCAGGAGGAGUAUUACACAACUGGUUUUGAGAAAGCCGUGAAGAACGAAGAGGAACAAAUCAGAUACAUCGAGAAAAGCAGAAAUGCGAUGACGUCCAACAAACAAGCAGCCGACUCCGAGAUACAAAUGCUACCUGAUACUAACGGUCCGCUGAGAACUACAGCUUACAAGAUUGUGGCCUUUACUCCACUUUUGAAGAAGAAGCGUCAGGAUAUAAAGAACAAGAUCAGCCAGAUUGAACUCAGCACGAAGUUAGAUCCUGAAUUGAUCAUCGAGGGCAUUGGAAUGCUUAUUACCGUUGACCCAUCACGAUCGGCGAUCAAAGACUUCCUAGAUUUCGGAUACAAGCUUUACAAAUCCACAACAAUGGUCAAAGAUGCCGACGGAAAUGACGUGAAGAAGGAAUACAUCAUUGAGCAAUUGGCAGAUGCAGGGGACAGCAUGGAGUCCUUGGUAGAGGCAUUACAAACCAAUAAGCAAGACAACACAAUCCAACUGGACGACCCCGGCGCCAUGAAACUCAUUGCAUCUAACGAUGGCAUUAAAAAGAUAUUGAAAAACUUCAAGGAUGCAAUUCCAGAGAAUCAGAAAAGAGAGCUAGAGGCUGACUUGGAUGACUACUUGAAGACCGUUCUCACCCGAAACAACGCUGUCUUGGAGUAUAACUCCAACGUUCUUUUGCUGAAAGAAGCACUCCAAUCACGACAGUAUGCCCAGGAGCAGAUUGAAAAUCUUGGACAGGUCGCAUUGAAGAUCAACCCAAGUCUUCCUGCGGUGGUGUUUUGGCUUCGGAAGAUGAGGGACAGUCUGCGUUUGGUGAUGAAAUAUCUCAACUAUGAGAGUCGGGCCAUCAGGUUCUGGGGUCUCCGAAAGGAGGUUCCGUUCGCCGCCCCCGGUCCAUUGAUGAACUAUAUUGCUCUACAAAACAAUCAAAUGCAUCUUCAGAGUAUGUUCGACGAUAGUGUUGCCUUGUACAGCGGCAACAUCCGGGUUGUUUGGCCGCGAAACAGUGCAGAUGCAGGUCUGCGUUAUAAACUUACUCAAGAGCAAUUGAAGAUCUUAAAGACGCUGGACAACGAGGGCCGCUAUACAGUUUUCAUUCCUUUGAACUUCCACAAUUCCCAGGGAAUCUUUGGGGACAGCAUUGAUGUUCGAUUGCAAGAAGUUCGUGUGUGGGUUUUCGGUGCUGAGAUUGCGAAGAUCGAUGAAACUGGACACCGAAAAUUGACGAUUCAAGUCACGCACCUUGGAAAUGAGACUAUUUAUGAUGAGGAGAAAGCCCCUUUCGACCUUGAGCAUGAUAGCACCGAGGUGCAAUUUGCGUACCAUGUGGAUCUUGUCUCGUCUAUCAGGGAAGCAAACUCGAAGGCAAUCUUUAGUGCUAGAGGGUUGGAGCAUGACUUUGUCCUUGGUGGUCAACCAGUCAAGUCUAGUCGAGCCCCACUGGAUCCUUUUAUAACUUGGAGACUACAGAUCCGAGAGAAAGAUGCGAAUCCGGGCACUAAAAUGCAGGGUGUUCAUGAAGUGUGCCUGGAAUUCCGGGGUUCAAACCGGUCCUCAAAAUACAGUAACAACCCACGUGCCUAG